CAAAUGUCAAUUUUUGACUGUUGUAGUUUGUACUGAUGUCAUUAUUUACGUUUGAAUACAAAUUACAAAUAAACAUUGAGUCGAGACAGUUGGUUUACACUUUCAUUGUAUACAAAUUAAAAACAAUAAAAUAUCCCAUUAUCACCGAUUAAAACUGUUUAUGAUAAAUUACUUCUGUCAAUAUGGUGCAAAAUGAUACUGAUUCUUGGUCGUCAGACGACACCAUAAGAGUUUUAAUAGCUUCAGAUAUACAUUUAGGUUAUCUUGAAAAUGAUGCUGUACGUGGAGAAGACAGCUUUAUUGCUUUUGAAGAAACCCUUUCUCUGGCCGUAGAAUAUGACGUCGAUUUAAUUUUGCUUGGUGGAGAUCUUUUCGACCACGCAAAGCCGUCCCCUAGUUGUAUGUUCAAAUGUACCCAGAUUAUUCGCAAGUAUUGUUUUGGAGACAAACCUAUUAAUAUCGAAGUAUUAUCUAAUCAGCUAGAAAAUUUCUCACGAAUUGUUAAUUAUGAAGAUCCAAAUCUUAAUAUUUCGUACCCCAUUCUUUCAAUUCAUGGAAAUCACGACGAUCCAGUUGGACAAGGCAGUGUCAGUUCUUUAGACAUUUUAUCCAUUACUGGCCUUGUUAAUUAUUUUGGGAAAUGGACAGAUUAUACUCAAGUCCGAAUUUCACCAGUGCUCUUACAGAAGGGUGAAACAAAGUUAUCAUUGUAUGGAUUGAGUCAUUUAAAAGAUCAGAGACUUGCUAGGCUUUUUGCAGAAAAGAAAGUAACAUUUGAACUCAUCGAAGAUGGUAAUGAUUGGUUUAAUAUCUUGGUGUUACAUCAAAAUAGGGCAGAUCGAGGGCCCAGCAAUUAUAUUUCGGAAAAUGUCUUACCCAAUUUUCUGGAUCUAGUUGUAUGGGGUCAUGAGCAUGACAGUCAAGUUUUUGCUACAAAAGAUGUAAAAAGGGAAAAUGAAAGUUUCUUCGUUAUCCAACCAGGAAGCACUGUAGCUACAUCAUUGGCAGCUGGAGAAGCCCUACCCAAGCAUUGUGUAUUGAUGCAGCUACAUAAGAAAGAAUAUAUAUUAACACCCCUUCCGCUUAAAACUGUGCGCCCUUUCAUAUUUAAGACAAUAGUCCUUUCUGAGGAGAAUAUCGGAGAAGAGGGUGUAAAUGAAAAUGAAAAAGUACAAAAUUUUUUAAAGGACAAAGUUCACCAAGCAAUUAUUGAAGCUGAUGCAAUUCGAAGUGGUGACCCAAAACAACCUGCUUUACCACUUAUUAGGCUGAGUGUUUUUUAUGAACAUGAUGGCCAAGAUUUUAAUCGUGUUAGAUUUGGUCAAAAUUUCAAUGGCCUUGUUGCAAAUCCAAAUGAUGUUCUCAUUAUGAAAAGAGAAAAAAAAAUUCGUGAAAGAAAAGAGUUAGGUGCAAAUAACACCGAAGUUGAUAUAGGUGGGGUGGCUGCUGAAGCGACUGAUGUAGAAUCCUUACUUCGUGCUUAUUUCGAGGCGCAACCGCAAGACCGUCGACUCUCAGUUCUAUCAGUACGAGCAGUUACCGAAGCAGUUCGCGACUUUACGUUAAAGCGUGACGACGACAUUUUUCGUCGCGUUUUAGAUGCUCAUCGUAAACAUUGCGUGGAUUUCUUACUCGAAUCGAAUGCCGAAACUCCAGAGGAAGUGAGUGACAAAAUGAAACUAUGUAAGGAGUCGCUAGACGCGGCCGACGCCGAUCUUCUCAAGACUCUUAUAUCAACAGCGUCUAAGAAAGCAGAAGUCGCCAAACAGUCUGCAUUGGCUAAACACGAGUCGAUCGUGGUAUCAAGCGACGAAGAAGCGCCACCAGGGCGAGGUCGCGGAAGGGGCGCGCGUGGUGGCCGUGGACGUGGCCGUGGUCGCGGUCAAACGCGUACGGCAUCCCCACCUACGCCAGCGCCGGUGCAGGAGCGUCGCACGCCAAGGAGAGCAGCAGCACAGAAAUCUUCCUCUAAGUUACAAAGCCUCAUAGCAGAGAGAUCAUUUAGACGUCGGAGGGAAUCAUCAGACAUUGAAAUUUCAGAUUGAAUAAACAUGAAUUCUA